GUGUUCUAGUUAGAAAUUUGGAAUUUAGAAACACAGCUGGAUUGGGGUUCUCCUAUGGAUCAUGCUUCAGAUUUUAUUUAGGUGGAUUAGAGUCUUAUUCCUUUCGAUUUUGGAACGACCUGGGCUACGGACUACACACGUUAGGAUUUUUAUCGAUCUCUUUUUCUUUCUUUGGCCGCUGUAAAAUAGCGAAGAUAGAGGGCCACUCAGUCGGAAUCGACGGACGAAUCGGUCGGAAUUGACGCACGAAAAUUUUGUGACGAAAGGAAAAUUUUGCCAAAGGAAAAUUACGAUUCUUUAUAUUAGUUAAGAUUUAUGAAUUUGAUCGGCCAGUCGUCCGUCGAAAUCAUGGAGGAGGCAGUCGACGCAUCUGCCGCUCUGGAUCCCAAGCUUGCUCCUCUGCUGCUGUUCGGCGGCCACGGCGACGCCACGUUCCUGUACAGCGUGCCGAAGAGAGCGCUGCUGGCGCCAAUGCCAACGCCAACGAGGGUGGGCGACGGCGGCGUCGACGACAUGAUGAGAGGCCACCGCUGGUGGACCACGGCGCAGGGCUGGUUGCUCAUGGCGCGCCGCGGCUCGCCGUGCACUUUCCUAUGGGACCCUUUCACCGGCCGCCGUGUCAGGCUGCCCCCCGACCACGACGGCACCGUCCUCACCGCCGAAGGCAGCCAUCGCCGGAGGUGCCUCCUGUCAUGCUGUGGUCCCAUGGACCCGACCAGCUGCACCGAUCUCGUCAUCGACCUCGCCGACCCGGAGCUCUGGUAUUGCCGUCCCGGCGACAACCACUGGGUGAAGCUCCAUCAGCAACCGUACCAGUACCGCAACCCUGCCCACCGUGACGCCAUCAUCAGUUUUUUACGCAAGUUUACGGCGAUCGACGGCAAGUUCUACACCGAACUACACACCGGCAAUGUCGGCGUCCUCGAGUUCUCGCCGGAGGUUGCCGAGGGGAACUAAUUCCCCUCGGCCCACCGGCACCCGUUGUCAAGCGUUAUCAAAUCCAUGCAGGCUCUUAAGUCGUGUAGUUAUACAAAGUCACAAACCUGUAUUAUCGACGAAAAUCUCGUUCCUUGUAGAUUGAGAUGCAUGGCCUCUCUGUUUACUUUAAACAUCAUUCAAGCGGACAACAGGUGGAUGUUAAUUUGCCUAAAACCGACA